AUGGCGACCAACCAUGGCAGCGAAGAAAGAAGAAGAAGAAUCUUAGAGAGAGGGUCGGAUCGUAUGGCUCUCAUUACAGGCCGAAUCAAAACUCUCCCAACAUCGCCACCACCAUCCCAAUCAAUAAUAUCAUCAUCAUCAGACCCUCCUCAUCAACACCAUCAUCAUGUGGAUAAUGGGUCUAAUCAUCAUCAUCUUAGGGCAGGUGCUGUGGUUAAGGAUUAUUCCUCUGAUGAUACAUUGCUGAAUAAGGAGAGUACGGAUGAAGAUUCCAGUGGAAAUAAGUUUGGCAUAGGAAGCCCAGGAGAGCCUCAGUUGAACAAAGGCAGCACUAGUAUAGAAGCUCAAGAAAUUCAGACUACUUUGGAUAAUGGGGUCAAAACAAUAGUUCAAAAGACCUCAGCAGAGAGGGACCAGCAGCUUCCAAAACCACGAAGGCGUCAACCUAGACUUUUCACUUCCAAGAGAAUACAUUCCUGCAUUGUAGCUUCUGAGAAUACACGCGUCACUUGUUCUCUCAUAAUAGCAUUCUUGGUUGUUUUUUCUUACGUUGAUUACCCAUUAUUUGGAAGGAACAUAGUGAAUUCGAAGAGUGUUGUAGCCUCAAGGCCUCUUUACAUACUCUUGCUGACUGAUGUAACGAUUGUGUUUGCAAGAGUGUACCUUGAGAAGAGAAGAGAAUUUGAUGAGGCAGAGGAAGAACGAGUGGCACUUCAAGAAGAUGGACAGAACUGGGAAAAAGCAGAGAAGGUUUUGGAGAGAGGCCUGGUGGCGUAUCAGGCUAUCCGUGCCAUUUUCAUUGACUGCAGUGUUUAUGCAGUCGUUGUCAUCUGUGGCCUCUCUCUGCUGUAGAGAAGGUUUUGGGCUCAAUUUGGAUUUCACUUGGUUCCUCAGUUGACCUUCAAGUCUUUUGGCAAUGUCUGUCUACCCACAACCUUAUUUCUAUUCUAUUUAUUCAUUUUAUUUAUCCCUUGUGUGAAUAAAAAUCCUGUAUCAAGGUUGCAUCUCACAGCCCUUCAGUUUCUGACUGAAAACCAGAGAAAUCGAAACAAAGAGCAUGUGUUUUUCCUAAAAAAUGGACGUA